AAACCAACUUAAAGAUAGAUUGCGAGAUGGUAUUAUUAAAGAAAUAAUAUCAUAAAAAAAAUAAAAAAAUUUUACGAGACAAUAAAACCAACUUAAAGAAAUAAAAAAAUAAAAAAAUUAAAACCAACUUAAAGAAAUAAAACCAACGUAAAUAAAAUUUAGUAGGCAAUUAAACCAACUUGAAAAAAAAAAUAAAAAAAAUUUAUGAGGCAAUAAAAUCAUGUUAAAAUAUUAUUGCUACUUUACAGGAAGUAGCAAUAAUACCUAAUGGAAUGGGAGUCAAGAAUGGAGGUUGUAGAAUUGGAGAUGGUACUAAGGACAUUCGAAUCUGCUCUGUCCCAAAUUAAAUGGCGCCUCAAAAUUUCAUCCAAGCGUCGCCUCGAGACAGACAUUUUGGCCUUGUGCACUGAAAUGAGGCCAGUUGUAAUGGUGGACUAUGGAGGGAAGAUGCCUGAACUGCAAGAACAGCUUUGUGCAUUCCUUAAACAUUGCAAAGAGGACUGCUCAGUAUUUAAGCCUUUGCAUGUUAUGGUUAUAGAAGAUAUGAUAUAUUUGGUUCACGCGAGAACAUUUGCAGAAUUUGUUAAGUCUAGUUUGAACUUGGAGAUGAGACUGAUCUUUGUAGACCUUGAACAUGAUCCUCCAAAGAUGAUAACACAAGCAGAAGAAAGCCCUGUGGCUGCAGAACUUGUAUUGGCACAAAAGACAUUUUUGUCCGUCUUUUCUGAAAAUGGAAUAAAGAUUGAUCACUUGGAACAUCAGAAACCAGAAGCUAGAGCAAACUCUGACUCCUUUUAUUAUAAGCCAAGUUCUUCACUGUCUUCUGAAGUAAUUGAUCUCGGUGAAUGCAUUAAAGAUACUCAUGUUACAGUCCCAACUCUAAAUGGAUGGUUGCUUGGUUAUCCUAUAGUUUACCUAUUUGGGAUGGCUCAUAUCGAAAAUGCCAUAAAUAACCUCUCUACCAAGUCUCUGCAUCUUUUCCAAGUCCUUGUUUGCAGGAGUGCUAGAUGCAAUAGAGGAUCUCAGGCUCAAAAAGAGGAACUAAUGAGUUUCUCUGUGCCAUAUGACUUGAGCUUGGAGGGAAUGACUGAACCAUGGGUAGAGACAUUUUUGACUCGCAUAAGGGCAAGGCAAGAAAGGUGCAGCCAAAUUUGGAUAUCCCUACAAAUGGAGGUUAAUGCUUGUUAUCCACAAGCAAUUGCGUUAUAAUAAGUUAGCUUUGUGUGGCCUCUAGGUAUUUUAUUUAAACAAAGUCGAAUAAUGUUUUUAUUAGCCAUUUUCCUUCAAACAUGAUAUCAGAAGAACGUCAGCGUUAAGUCGCAGCUAAUCUUUGAAGUGACUAGUUUCUCCAUGUAUAAUUCUUUGAUUGGUGAGUGGUGUUUUUUUUUAA